AUGCUCCUUUUAGCUCUUCUCCUCCUCAUUUACCUCGCACCCCCUGUCCUUUCCGCGCCUUCAGAUUCGCCUCGCGAUGCAGAUGUUGCACAGUCGGGGUAUGUGGGCAGCGACCACAACAUCGGACCUGAUUCCGUCUCCCGAUUCCAGCAUCUGUGGAACAUCACCUUCAAGCCCGACGAGAAGGUGACCCUCGGCCUUCAGCCCAACGUGGACGUUCAAAUCGUCUUCACAGCGUCGACUGAAAACGUCGUCCGCACCAUCGAUGCUGUCACCGGCGAGAUUUUGUUCGAACGGCAGGUUGCGCCGCCAUGGCCUAUGGCAGGAGCGAAUUGCGACUUGAUCAGCAAGAACCUGGGCAUCAUGGGGACACCCGUUAUACACCCUGAGUACGACGUGGCUUUCUUCUUCGUCAAAUCGUACAUCGAGGACUACCGUGUGCCCGGCGGCGCAGCCCCUCCCCUCAAUAGCGUCUACUACUUCUACGCCGUGUACAUCGACGGCCUGGGCGACGUCUACAAAUUCCCUCUCUUCAUCGAUGAUGUUGGUGCCGAUAACGACCCGCGCAAGAUAUUCCUCGGCGGCCUCGUCCUCCAGCGGCCAUCGCUCCUCGCCGUUGGUGACGUAGUGUACGCAGGGUUUGGCGGGCUGUGCGACGCCUUCAACUACACCGGCACGCUCGUAGCUAUCAACAUCAACACGCGCAAGGUAAACCGGUGGGUUACGCAAGGCGGGCCGUCGUCUCCAUGGACGAGCGACUGGGCGAAGCGGCAUGGCGGGGGCGCGGGUGGGAUAUGGCAGGCCGGUAUGGGUCUUGCGUCUGAUGGGCAAGAUGUGUACUUCUCCAUCGGCAAUGGUGGGAGUGCGGAUACAAACGCUUCAAUCGUUCCCAUCCAGGGGAAAUGCCACCAAGACAUCCUCUUGGAAUCCGUCGUUCGAGUGUCUUUGAACGACUCUGGCGUCCAGCUUGUCGACUUCUUCCGCCCGUUCGACUACCUAUCCGACGCAGGGCAGGACAUAGGCAGCGGCGGGGUUUCCAUUCUCGAUCCCGCGGUUUUUAAGACUAGCACUACUACUCGCAUGGGUGUAGCUACGAGCCGCAACGCGAAGGUUUACGUACAAGAUCUAGAUGAUCUGGGUGGAUACCGCGCCAGCGCGAACGGUACAGAUGCUGUGCUACAAACGAUACACCUGAACGGCGAGAUCUUCGGUGGCAUCGGGUCCUACCCGCUCGAAGGAGGGUACAUCUACGUCAACCCUAGCAAUGCAUCUCUGGCUGCGUACCGCUUCAAUCCUUCCGCGGGUAAAUCGCCUCUCUUCACGCUGGCGGGCACAUCCUCGGCGUCGAACCCGCACUGCGGUGGUGUCGGCAUUGUCACUGUGACGAGCAGCAAUGGAGAGCCUGGGAGCGGCAUCGUGUGGGUGACGGACGUGGAGAGGGGUUUACUGGCAUAUAGGGCUGUGCCUGUGAAUGGGAGUCUCGUGGAGCUUGGGCUGCCGACGGUAGAGGGUGCGGUAAAAUAUGGGAGGCCAGUUUUUGGAGAUGGGAGAGUGUACGUAGUUGAUGGCAAAGAAAGACUGGUUGCUCUGGGUGUGGGUGGGAACAGAACCGUGGGUGGUGGAUAG